AUGUCGACUGGCGCUACCUACAACGUGACGCGCUUUACGCGCCAGGUCCUCAAGCGGCAUCGUCGAGCGCCGCCCUCGCUCGUCAUCCACCUGUACCCGACCCACUUCCGUUUUGAGCACCAGCACGGCAAUUUCAGCUACGACUCGCCGAUGAAGUGCUUCCUCGAGGCCGUGCGCGAGCAGAAGCUCCCGACCGACCUCCUCGACGUCCUUGACGACGCCGGCAUUGUCUACUACGACGGCUGUCUCAUCGUCGAGGUGCACGACCACCGCCAGUCGCCCUCGGCCGCCUCGACCUCGCGCGCGUCGCUCAGCUCGUCCUUCUCGCUCUCGCUCAGCCAGGCCCGCGAGACGCCCGCGACGAGCAAGGCCGAGGUGUACCGCAUCGUGCUCGCGCCCAACCCGGCAACCCUAUGGACCGACCUCGCGAUCCAGAGCCGGCGCAUCGAGCACGAGGCGCUCGCCGAGGGCAGGGACGACGUCGUCGGCUGGACCGAGGAGGAGGCGCUCGAGAUUGAGUCGGUCAUCCUCAACCGCACCAUGCCGCCGCUGUGCCUGUCGCCCUCGAUCCAGACGUCGCGCAUCGCCAACUCGAUGCUGCGCGCGACGACGCUGCGCCCGCCCAAGCGCAAGCGCUUCUGCAGCUCGGGCGAGUGCGACGACGGCGACGACGGCGAGGAGGGCCACAAGCGCGAGCGCGAGGAGCACGAGAAGCUCAUGAAGGUCGGCGACGAGGGCGUGCCGAGGACGAGGGGACCUGCCUUCUCGCGCCUCGCCUUUAUCCAGGCGUACCGCGAGCGCCAGUCGAACCCGUCGCUCGCGGCGCAGCCCGGCGCGAACCCGACCUCGAUCCGGCUCGGCGGCGCGCACGGCGCCGCAGCUUCCGCCGCCGCCGCCGCUCGCGGUCCAGGUGGCGCAGCCGGCGGCACGCCCAAGCCGUCUCGCGCCGGCUCGCCCGCCAUGUCGGUCGCGUCGGCCCGUCCUCCUCUCCCGCCUCAGCAUCAGCAGCAGCCGCACAAAAAGGCUCGAGCCGGCGACGUCAUGUCGGACGGCGGGUCGGGCGUCGGCGGUGCGGUCAACACGGCGCAGCAGCAGAAGAAGGCGGCCAAGCUCGCGGCGCAGGCCAACGACCCGUCGCUGCCGCUCGACCCGGUCGAGCGCGAGCGCGUCCUCGCCGAGCGCAAGAAGGCGCAGCAGGUCGUCAAGAAGGCGCAGGCGCAGAAGCGCAAGGAGAAGAAGCGCCUCGAGCAGCAGCAGGCGCUCGACCUGAGCGUCGGGACGCCGGGCAGCAGCGGCGUCAGUACGCCCAAGUGGGCCUGAGCGGCAGAUCUUUCGGUCGAGCUGGCCUCUCUCUCUCUCUCUUGGAGCGGUGCAACGUCGAUGUGGUCGUGCAGUAU